AUGCCCUCGUCGCAAGUCGGGUCACGCCAUUCAAGCUCCGAGCUGAAGAAAGGCAGAAGCGCUGAAUCUAACCUUUGUUUCUCCCAAGUUUACAUUGGCGGUGCCGCUUCUUUAUCAUUCUUACAGUUCAUUCGAGAGACUGUGGUUCAGUAUACUGGCCCUUCAGGCUUUACUCACAAUGCCAAAAUCGACAGCAUGCUAGAAGAUGCAUCUGCUGCGGCAGAAGAGGUGUCAUAUAAUGGCGACCAUGUCACGUUUGAUGAGAAAAUAGCAUUCUUGAGGCUUUACCGUCUUGCCACAAGUGGGAUUAUAGAUGUUAUAUCAACUUCUGAAGCUACGCAGCUCCUUGAAGAGAUGGAGAGUUCGGCUACCGUCGUCCACAGUUCUAGGUUGGCAGUUGCUGACCUUAUCCUUGCCAUUGGUGCCCAAUGCCCCAAAGCAGAUACCGCUGCUGUUCAGAAAGUAAAUUUGUUCUUUACUCGUGGCCAGAAGCGAGCAUUUUCGGGGAUGCUGGAAGACCCAAACUUAGAAUUAGUUUGGGCUUUUCUCCUGAUGGCAUUUUAUAUGUUAGGUGCAUGUCGACGAAAUGCAGGUUUCAUGUACUUGGGCGUGGCCACUCGAGCUGCUGUAGCCCUUGGUCUUCACGAUGAAGAUUCGUAUGCGUCCCUUGCUCCAGUUGAAAGUGAAAAAAGGUAUGUCCGCCCCAAUCAGGCUCAAGUUCACGAGUCCGCGAUUGAUGGGACAUUUAGGCUACAAACCUGGAUGAGUCUUUGCGUCCUAGACCUACUUGUGAGCUCUAUUCUUGGACGGCCUUCGGCAACAUCAUCUUUACGCUUGAAGCUUGAAAACGGUCUGAUUGCCAAAACAACUCAUGUUCACCUCCUAGCCUCUUAUACCAUAACACAUUUAAUGGAUACGGUUACCAGUGAAUUAUACGGCCAAAAGGCUGUUUCUACGGAUGCAGCAGAACAAUUUCUUCGGAAACUAGAUCGUUGGAGCAAGGAGCUGCCCAACGUCAUGCGGACGGCCUCCCCUAACCUCAACUCUCCUAAGGAGCAGGAACAUACACUUGGAAGCAUUCAAGUUGGUUGCUUCUAUUAUUUUGCAACUAUGUUAGUUACACGCCCAUUUCUGAUAUCAACCCUUACGGCCCGCCUUGUUCGAUCAUGUCAAGGGAACCCCUCGAGUGAUUCAUCCACACCAACAGCUUGUGAAGACCCAACACAUGCAAAACUAGCCUCUGCAUGCGUGGAUUCUGCCGCAUACCUUAUACAGACAUGUCAGGAUGCUCGUAAAGUCGAUUUGCUUCUUUCAAAUAUGUGUAUCAUGAAGUAA